AUGACUUCUGCUUGUCCACAUUUAACCGCCGCAUUUGCUUCAUUAAAUGCACCACGAUUGUCCCAACAAGUUCACAAAGAAGAAUGCACGCUUUGCUUUGACAAUCAAGAUGGGGCCAACGGUAUCGAUGUUUGUUUGAUCUGUUUCAAUGGUGGCUGUACCGGUAAUCAGGAUCGGGAACAUUCUACAUUACAUCAUGCAAAGACAGGACACAAUAUCGUUCUCAAUAUCAAGAGAAGGCCAAAGCCAAAAUCUGAAGUCGAGCCGCCACAGCCAAAGAAGCUGGCAAUUGCAGCUGAGACUGAGGCGGACAAAUUUGACUUUAUCACGACACCCAAGUGCUUGGCAUGUCAGGGUGGUAGGGAGCUCCCGUUAACCAGCAAAUUGGAAGAAGUGGUUGAGGGAGUGAUGAAAGCGUUAUCGUCUGCUCAGCAAUCUGAAGUGAAAGCAUGGGAAGAGGAAAUCGUUGUUUGUGAUCAUACUGUGGACUUGAAGCAAAUUGGUGAACCUUUCAAGCUUGAAGCAGAUGGACUGGCAAAAUGUGGAAAGUGUGAGUUGGACUCCAAUUUGUGGCUCUGUUUGACUUGCGGUAACCUUGGUUGCGGAAGAGCACAGUUUGGAGGCGUUGGUGGAAAUUCACAUGGCCUUGCUCAUUUUGAAGAGACCGGACAUCCCGUCAGUGUGAAGCAAGGAACAAUUACAGCAGAGGGAACGGCAGAUAUUUACUGUUAUGCAUGCAAUGAUGCACGCUUAGACCCUAAAUUGGCCAAACAUUUGUCAUUCUUUGGCAUCAAUGUGGUUGACUUGUCCAAGACUGAAAAGAGUAUGACAGAACUACAACUCGAGCAAAAUCUCAAAUUUGACUUCAACAUGACCGGAGAAGAUGGAAAAGAACUAGAGCCGGUGUUCGGACCUGGCCUGACAGGCUUGAAGAAUUUGGGAAAUAGCUGUUACAUGGCUUCUGUAUUACAGACUUUGUUUGCACUGCCCGUCUUUCGUACUCGGUAUUUGGACGCAUAUCGACCACAUGCAACGCAAUGUUCAAACAAUUUGCCAGCUACGUGUCUCGAAUGCCAAACCACAAAAGUAGCAGAUGGUCUACUUUCGGGUAGGUACUCGGUACCGCGCAGCAAAGAUGCCUCUUCUCAUUCCAACGAAUCCGAUCAAGGGCCAAUUUUCCAAGAUGGUAUCCGACCAAGCAUGUUCAAAGCUCUUGUAGGGAAAGGACAUGAAGAAUUCUCCACAAUGCGACAACAGGAUGCAGACGAAUUCCUAAAGCAUUUGAUCACAGCUUUGCAGAACGAGUCUAAACGAUUGGCAGCAGACCCGCAAUCGUCUAGCUCUGGCGCUCCCAUCUCUGAUCCGACAAAGAUAUUCUCAUUCGGACUACAACAACGACUGCAGUGCUUGGAGUGCAAGAAGGUACGAUACACCAUCGAAGCGCAAGAUGCAGGAUUAAGUCUGCCCGUACCAAUCCGAGUGAAAGACAAGAGCAGCAAAGGCAAAGCACCAAUAGAAGGACAAGAUGCGAGUGAUGACAAAGCAAAAGUUGAGCAGGAAGAUGGAAAGGUGGAAUAUGAGCCUGUCGAUUUGAAGGAGUGCUUGGACAUCUUUACCGCUCCUGAAACGCUUGAUUAUCGUUGUCCUUCUUGCGAUAAAAAUGUUCAAGCUACAAAGCAGACGCUGUUCACAUCAUUUCCGGAUGUGUUGGCUAUUCAAGUGCGUCGCUUCCAGCUUAUCAACUGGGUUCCACAAAAAGUGGACGUGCCUAUCAUCAUGCCUGUUGAUGGUUCACUGUCACUCGAUGCAUACUUAGGGACCGGAAAGCAAGAAGGCGAGAUUGAAUUACCAGAAGAUACUUCAGCGCAAGCCAGCAACGUUCCUACAUUCGAUGCAGGUGCAAUGUCACAAUUGACAGCAAUGGGUUUCCCGGAAGUACGUUGUCAGCGUGCACUACUAGCAACCGGUAAUACGGGAGAUGCAGAAGCAGCAAUGAAUUGGCUCUUUUCACAUAUGGAAGACCCUGAUAUCGAUGAUCCUAUUGAUUUCUCAAAGUAUCAAUCAGGAGCAGCAAGUUCUGCUGCCGCUGGUGGGGGUGCACCAGAUACAUCUAUGCUAGAAGAUAUGGGCUUCACAAAAGCACAAGCAAAGAAGGCUUUACGGUUGAAUGGUAACAAUCCCGAGAUUGCCGUUGCUUGGUUGUUCGAGAAUCCAGGCGACGCAGGAGAUUCGGAAGAUAGCAAACCUGCAACGACAAGUGAAGGAGCUGGAGAAUCAAGUGCAGCAGGUGUGAUUGGUGGAAGAUCUGAACUUCCAGCAAAUUAUCGAUUGAAAGCAUUCAUUUCGCAUAAAGGUCCUUCAGUGCAUAGUGGACAUUACGUUGCUCACAUUUCUGAACCCAGCAGUUUGAUUCAAUCUGGUCAAAAAGUGCAAAGUACAAAAGAGGAUUCUUCUUGGGUUUUCUUCAACGAUGAAAAAGUCGUUCUUGCUCCUUUAACUUCAAUUAGCGCAAAAGACCCUUCAACCGAUGUUGGCGUUCAAGGUUUAUCAAAAUUAGCAUACGAGUAUAUCUGGGUACGUGAAGAGUGA